AAAUUAUGGCUCGGAUUUAGUUUUCGUUCACGAUAAUAAAAAUGUAACUAAACCUAACAAAAAUUGGAAUUACGUAGGAAAUUAGAAAAUCUUUAACAUUGAAUGAAAAUAUAUUUAUAAAAAAAUAGAUAUAAUAGGACUCCAAUGUGCCAAAAUGUCAGAUCUUGGAUACCAACGAUUCUCCAUAUGAGGGAAGGAUCCAAAUUUUCCCUUCUUGUCAAGAUAUUUCGAAAGAGACAAUUUCAUCAAUCCGUCUUCUUCUGUAACAGUCGCUGUUUUUUCUUGGAAUUUCUUGCCCUCGUUUUCUCGCCGAUUCGCCGUUCAAUUCCCCUGACGGAUUUCUAAUUUUUCGCUUCUUGUUCUCGAAUCAUGCCCCUUCUUCCAUGGAAGACGGCGAGGGCUUCUCGGAUUUCCCGAAUCGUCGCCGACCUCCAGUCGCCGAAGCCCGGCGGUUCGCUUGUUGUGGAGACCGGAUUUCCGACCUCUAUUGUUGAUCUCUUCGUCAAGCACCGGGAUCGAUUGAGGAAGCACUCGGCCAGAAGGAAGUCGAAGAAGAAGAAAUCGAAGACGGAAAUUCACGACUCAAUUGCUCAACUAUCUUCUUCUCCUACGUCGCCUCCUCCGCAAAUGAAUCCUACUGCUUGCUUACGGCGUGAAAAUCUAGAAAUUGAUGAUUUGAAAAUCUUGGACGAAGCGCGAGUAGUUGGCGAUCGUGUAUGCGAAUCGGUCCGGAAUCGGACUGAGACGUGCGUUGUCGGUGGCGGUGCCGCGGCCGGUGAUAGCGUCUGUAUGGUUGCGGUGAAGAUGUUUCUGGUUGCGGUUUUGGCCUUGAGCACGAAGAAGCUUGUGGUAGGGGUUACUCUCUCUGCUUCUCUGCUUUUAGUUCUGGAAUUCGUCGGUAAACGCGCGGUUCGCUUCUUGAAACCGUGCGCGAAUGGCGAGGCUGCUCUGAGAUCCUUCAUCCACAAGGUACUGAUGCAUCUCUGGAUUGUUGAAAACUCGGGAAAUCGCCAAGAAGUAUCGAUUCCGAAAGUCUCGCGCGGAAGAGAAUAUUGUUUUCCGAAUGAAUCACUUGAGUUGAGUUCUUCCGUCGGAGAGAUCCAACUCGUGGAAUCGGACGUCAACGCCAGUGAGACACCUAAUGGAAUUGAAGAUGAGACACACCAUAUCGGUUUUCUUGUGGAUGAGAAGGAAAAAAAGGUUGGAACCGAGCUUCUGGUGUGUGGAAAUCAACGCGGAACACGAGGGAGACUGAAUCGGAGGAUGCUCGAGAAACUCGUGCGAAGGAAAUCAGUCGGUAGAGCGAUCGAGAACCAGAAUAGAGAGAAGGAGUUGGAAUUUAGAAGUGACAGAUUCAAUCAUUUGGAAGCCGAUAAAGCGCCGAUUGAAGAGCAAGUAAACAUAGAAGAAGAUGAAAACCUAGAACAAGAACAAGAUGGAGAAAUCAGAAGCAUUCUGUGCAAAGAGGAAAAAGAAAACGGAAAACCUCAAUGGCAGGCCAUGGAAGCUGCAGAGUCGUGUAAAAUUCAGGAGAUCGAAAGAGAAGGGAGUUUGAAUUACCCGAUUCUGGUUGUGGUUGUUCUUGGCGGGCUGCUCGGAGGUCGGAUUCUGGCGGUGGUGCUGACAACCGCAGGGUGUUUCGUGAUGAAAUUGAAUGAAAUUUCAAGGAGAAGGUCUCUUGAUCCGCCAUUGAAAGUCUGUUGCUAAAGAAUAUGGGUUUUGUCCUCUAAAGAUGGCGGCAAUGACAAUCAACGAUUAGGAGGCAACAAUGACCAACGAGAGAUGRGAAGCGACGAUGACUAGCGAGAGGUGGAAGGUGAUGGUAGUCCAGGAGAGAUGGGAGGCAACAACGACGUGGUUCAUCAAAGGAGAUGAAGGGGGAGAAGAAUGAGAAAAAAUGUCACCUCUUAAUUCAGUUAUGAAAGAAAUAAUAUUAAAGUUAUAUUUGACCUAGU